CAUGGGACCACCAGCCUCCAACAUGCAGGGGAAAACUGAUGGUGCAGGCAAAACAAAUGGUACUCCAGCCAUGCCUAAAAUGGGUGUUAGGGCCAGGGUGACAGAAUGGCCACCGAGGAAAGAUGGAUGGGAUGGACGGCCUUCACCAAACUAUCAGAGCGUGAUACCGGUAUUUCAGAAUGGCCAGCAGGAGCACGCUGUGGAAAUCCUGGAGCAAGGGGAAGCAGUCUGUCUGGAGGUAGACUACUCAGACAAAUACACCCUGAGUGACCUCCUCAGCCACUCUCCGCUGAAGGGUCUCCAUCCUAUCCGGCAACGCAGCAACAGUGAUGUCACCAUAAGUGACAUUGACUCGGAGGACAUAAUGGACCAGAAUGCAGUCAAUCCAAACACUGGGGCCUCGCUGCACCGUGAAUAUGGGAGCACAUCCUCCAUUGACCGUCAGGGCCUGAGCGGGGAUGGCUUCUUUACCAUGCUUAGAGGCUACACAAUGGACACGCUGGACCACCGUAGCAUACCGCCUCUGGGGUUCCCUGAGUUGUUGCGCUGUAAUGCGGCCCUUUCCCCAAGCUUGCAGACAGCAGCCCAAAUUGCCAGGGGUGAGAUAGUCCACAUUCCAGGCUACGACUACAUAGACAGCUCUCUCCUUUACAACCAAGAGCGAGAGAAGUCAUUCAUGAGACGUCUCAAAUCAGAGUCAUCUGAAACAUCUCUGUUCAAGAAGCUGCGGACCAUAAAGAGUGAGAGUGACGCCUUGCGGCUCUCACUUGAAGAUGAUCGGCGACCGCUCAGCUUCCAGAAAUGCUUUGCUCAUUAUGAUGUCCAGAGCGUUCUUUUCAACAUCAGUGAGGCAGUGGCAAGCAGAGUUAACCUGAGCCAGAGGAAGAAUACAACUACUGGGGCUUCAGCUGCGUCAGCUGGAGCUGGAGCUGUAGCUGGAGCUGGCGGAGGGGCCGGAGGUGGAGCUGGGCCUGCAGCAGUGUCAGAUGGUGGAGCAGCAGCAUGUAGCAGUGGAAGUGCCCCCAUGUUUGAGUCUCCACUGGGCAGCAGGGAGGACUUAAACCCCAAGGAGAACCUGGAUGCUGACGAGGGAGACGGAAAGAGUAACAACUUAGUGCUGAGCUGCCCACACUUUCGCAAUGAGAUAGGCGGUGAGGGUGAGAGGAAGAUCUCCCUCUCCAGAGCCAACAGUGCCAACUACAGUGGUAUGUCAGAGAGCUGCUCUUUUGAAUCAUCUCUAAGUUCCCACUGCACCAACGCAGGAGUCUCUGUAUUGGAGGUGCCUCGAGAAAGCCAGCCAAUCCACAGGGAGAAAGUCAAACGCUACAUCAUUGAGCAUAUUGACCUUGGAGCGUACUACUACCACAAAUACUUCUAUGGGAGAGAGCAUCAGAACUAUUUUGGGGUAGAUGAGAAUCUGGGACCAGUGGCAGUCAGCGUUCGCAGAGAGAAGUUGGAUGAUGGGAAAGAGAAAGAUGGAAUGCAGUACAACUAUCGGAUUACCUUCAGAACCAGUCAGCUGACCACACUCCGUGGAGCCAUCCUGGAGGAUGCCAUUCCAUCUACGGCAAGACAUGGGACAGCCCGUGGCCUGCCGCUGAAGGAAGUGCUCGAAUACGUCAUCCCUGAGCUUAAUAUCCAGUGUCUGAGGCUGGCCCUCAACUCUCCCAAGGUCCCGGAGCAGCUCCUGAAGCUGGACGAGCAGGGGCUGAGCUUCCAGCACAAGGUGGGAGUGCUUUACUGCAAGGCAGGCCAGAGCACAGAAGAAGAGAUGUACAACAACGAGAGCGCUGGACCAGCACUAGAUGAGUUUUUGGAUCUGCUCGGCCAGAGGGUGCGCCUUAAAGGCUUCACCAAGUACAGAGCUCAGCUGGAUAACAAGACCGACUCCACAGGCACACACUCUCUCUACACCACCUAUAAGGACUACGAGUUGAUGUUUCAUGUGUCCACCAUGCUCCCCUACACACCAAACAACCGACAGCAGCUGUUAAGGAAGAGGCAUAUCGGUAAUGAUAUCGUAACCAUAGUAUUCCAGGAGCCCGGGGCCCUUCCUUUCACUCCAAAAAACAUCCGCUCUCAUUUCCAACAUGUGUUUGUCAUCGUCAAAGUCCACAACCCCUGCACUGAUAACGUCUGCUACAGUGUGGCUGUGUCCAGAUCUAAAGACGUGCCUCCAUUCGGACCCCCUAUUCCAAAGUCUGUAACUUUCCCAAAGUCAGCGGUUUUCAGGGACUUCCUGCUUGCCAAGGUCAUCAACGGAGAAAACGCCGCACACAAGUCAGAGAAGUUCCGAGCCAUGGCAACCCGUACGCGGCAGGAGUACCUGAAGGACCUGGCGGAGAACUUUGUUAGCACUGCCACUGUUGACUCUGCUGUCAAAUUCAGCUUCAUUACCCUCGGAGCCAAGAAGAAGGAGAAGGUAAAACCCAGGAAGGACGCACAUCUGUUCAGUGUGGGGGCCAUCACCUGGAGCGUCUGUGCCCGGGACUUUGGUCAGUCAGCUGACGUGGACUGCUUGCUUGGCAUAUCCAAUGAGUUUAUCGUGCUCAUUGAGGAAGAAUCAAAAAAUGUGGUCUUCAACUGUUCGUGCCGUGAUGUCAUUGGAUGGACCUCAGGGAUUAUGAGCAUUAAGAUCUUCUAUGAGCGCGGGGAGUGUAUAAUGUUGUCUGCCCAUGACAGCUGCGGUGAAGACAUCAGGGAGAUGGUGCAAAGACUGGAGAUCGUCACCAGAGGCUGUGAGACAUCAGAGAUGACUCUGCGCCGAAAUGGCCUCGGACAACUCGGUUUCCACGUCAACUUCGAGGGCAUCGUGGCCGACGUGGAGCCCUUUGGGUUUGCUUGGAAGGCAGGGCUCAGACAAGGCAGCCGACUGGUGGAGAUCUGCAAGGUGGCUGUGGCUACUCUCACUCAUGAGCAGAUGAUUGACCUCCUGCGCACAUCCGUCACCGUGAAAGUAGUUAUAAUCCAGCCUCAUGAAGACGGAACCCCACGAAGGGGCUGCUCCGAGCUCUACCGUAUACCCAUGGUGGAGUACAAGGUCGACAGUGAGGGUACACCCUGUGAGUACAAGACACCCUUCAGGAGAAACACCACCUGGCAUCGAGUGCCAACCACUGCUGGACCACCUCUGUCCCGAGGCUCGCCCACGCAGGGCCCCGAUCGUCUGCAGUGCCAGCAGAUCCUCCAACAGCACCAGGCAGCUAUUCCACGAAGCACCUCCUUUGAUAGGAAGUUGCCAGACGGGUGCAGGACAGUUCAGGAUAUGGAGAACCCCCAGGUCACAUCAUGCAACAUGGGAGACCAGCAUUACCGCAGUUCUCCCAGUAACCAGUCCUCCUCCAGUGAUCCAGGACCCUGCGGCAGUAGCACCUGGUCCCAGCAGCCUGGAUAUGAUGGCUGUUCCUCCCCUGUCCUCCAUGAGCGUGCAGGCGACAUCCAGGGUGGAGAUGGAGAGAUCCCCAGGAAGAGAGAGCCCACUCUGGAGAGGACCAGGUCUGCAGAGGCUAAAUGGCACAUCCCGUCCACCAAGAUCCUGAACCCUCUGAAGCAAAGAGAAGGAGGCAAAGAUUCACCCAACAAGCUGUCCAGGAUGGGUGAUAAAAACUCGAGCCACUCAAGUAGCAACACUCUCUCAAGUAAUGCCUCCAGCAACAGUGAAGAUAAACAUUUUGGCUCUGGAGACCUGAUGGACCCCGAUAUGUUGGGCCUCACUUACAUCAAAGGAGCAUCCACAGACAGCGGCAUUGACACUAAUCCAUGCAUGGCCCCAGGAGCCCGGGUGUUGCUUCAGGGCCGGAUGGGCGAGCAGGGACAUCCCUGGGUGUCGGAGCAGCAUGAGGACGGCGCAUCGGAGGAGGAUCAUGGGAAACUGUACUUAGCACAGGGCUACUCUUCUGCCAUUAUGUCUAGUCAUGUGACAGAGGGCAGCAUUGGAGACCUGAGCGAGAUCUCAUCCCAUUCAAGUGGCUCACACCACUCUGGCAGUCCCCUGGCCCGUGGUGCCAGAUACUGUAUGUCCGCUGACUCCUCCAAGGUGUACACCGUCCCCCAGACCAGCAGUUCAGGGCUAGGGCCAGAGCUGGGUCAAGGUCCGGGGUCCAAUUCAGAAGCCUGUGGACAGACACGGCCACAGCCUGUUUGCAAACUCCCUGUGGGCAUGAAGCUGACUGAUGAUGAUGAUGAUGAUGAUGAUGAUGAUGAUGAUGAUGAUGCCCACAGCAAUGAGGGAUCUCCCAACAUUUCAGAGUGUGGGCAGCUGUAUGCACAGGAGGCUGCCUGCCAGCUCCAGGCUCCUGAGCGGGAUGGAAAAUCACUGCAGAGACUUUCAAAAGAAGAAUACCUUAAAAUGAUGCUGCCCAACAUCCCUCCAGUGGAAGACAGGAGUCAAAAGGGGUCAGCAGUGGGCAGUUUAUCACCAAGACGCUCCCUAUACCGAACGCUGUCAGAUGAGAGUGUGUGCAGUAAUCGUAAAGGCUCAUCGUAUGCCAGCUCGCACAGCUCCAUGCUGGACCAAGCCAUGCCUAAUGAUAUCCUAUUUAGUACCACCCCACCUUACCACAGCACACUGCCUCCUCGCAUGAUCCACAACCAAGGAGCAUCCAACCUAAGGAAUGAGUUUUGGUUCUCUGACGGCUCCUUGGCGGACAGGUCCAAGUUCAGCGACCCAGGCCUCAUGCCCCUCCCAGACACUGCUUCGGGCCUGGACUGGUCUCACCUGGUUGACGCAGCACGAGCCUUUGAAGACCAGCGCGUGGCCUCAUUCUGCACCAUGACGGACAUGCAGCGAGCCGAGGCUCUGCAGAUCUCAAGAGAGCUGACUAGACGGGUGGCGGAAGCGGAGGGAGCAGCGCUGCAAGCAGACAGCUCCCCCUCUACACUAACUGGCAAAGUCAAUCAAUUGGAGGUGAUCCUCAGGCAGCUGCAAAAUGACCUCAGAAAGGAGAAAGAAGAUAAGGCGAUGUUGCAAGAAGAGGUGCAACACCUGAGACAGGACAACAAGCGACUGCAGGAAGAGAGCCAGACGGCAGCGGCUCAGCUCAGGAAGUUCACAGAGUGGUUCUUUCACACCAUCGACAAGAAACCCUGAGAAAGAGGGAGAGAUGGCCUUCACUCCUCCCAGGCACCCACUCCUACUUAAGACUCCCAGGUGAUCCACAGGCAAACAGAUUUUUAAAACAAACCACUACCGGCCCCAGGAGUAAUCAGGACUUUAAAAACCUCCAGCUUAGGAGAGUGCAGUGCAGGCGUGUGUGGACAGACCUGAAAUUCUGAUCUGGACCUUUUAGGUUUGGAAACCUUCUCUGUAUGAAAUGCAGGGCUGUCUGGACUCUUGGGAAGCUUCCUCAUCUCCGGCACCAGACAGGAAUUGAGGAAGGCAGCUCCUGGGGGCCCUCUGCCGAGUCCCUGGGAUCAUCUUACAGUAGUGGAAUGUAAAGCUCAUUUACUGUAGUCAACAUAUAAUCUACCUACGUAUGUCACGUCAGUCUGCUGUACUGUAUACUCAGCUGUACUGUAUUGUACUGCGCACGCUGUCACAGUUAUUUCUGUGCUGGCUUUCAUGGGCACAGGAAAGUAGAGAGGGGAAGAGGGGAGGAAUGUACUGGACAUAAUGAAGUGGUACUUAUUGUCUGCUUGCACCAAGUGGAGUCCACAUGUGGCAGUCUUGAAAAGCAUACUGUCGGGGGUGGGGAAAUGAAUGUAGCUCAACUGAGACCCUUUUGUUUUCUCUGGAUUUCUGAUGCCUAAAGCCACAAAGGUUUCAAGGUUUUGGGCCAUUUUUCUUUAAAUGAAUUCUACUUUUCUUUUUCCCCCAUGGUGUUGUAAAGUAGGGUCACAUGGCAGUAAUUUUGAUGUUUAAAGGUGCUUUUCCCUAAACACAUUUGUCAGUAGUUUCCAUUCACUGUCACAGUGUCCUAGCAAUAAUGAAGUGGUAGUUAUGAAACUGUGUUUAAAAAAAGAAUUGAAAAAGAAGUUAGCACAAACGUGAAGAGUUCCUGUUGAGAAGCAGUUGUAUUUGACAUGUAUUUAUAAAACAGGAAGAGACUGUGCCUAAAACUCUUGGUUGUAAAUGGGUUGUUUCUCUUUGCGUUUAGUUCUUUUAACACAUGCCUUGUCUGUGGCUCACUGAUACAAAAUUGUGUGUGUGAAUGUGUGUGUGGGCGGGGGGGGGGGGGGGUAGUUUUAUCACAGCAAAAUAUGUUCUUAUGCAGUGGUUUCUAGAGCAUUAGAGCAAGCGCCAGUGAACCACACUUACAAUGCCAAAUGUGUUUAUUUCUGUACAUAUCUGCCACAGAAGUGUCUUGUAUUUAACACAAUUAUUUAAGCUUAUUUAACCUAAAAAUUUUUUAUUUUAUUAAGGGUAAUUUUUGUUUGUUUGUUUGGGUUUUUUCCUGCACUAAGGAAGAUAAAGCUCUGUGUAUGUUGUAAAGUGUUUAGCUUGCCAGGGCAAAAAAACUAUAUAUUUAAAUAUAUAAAUGAUAAUUUUGGAGAUUCCAACAUUUGGAUGCUGCUAGAUUAAAGUUUGCUGGUUUGUAUGCUUUUAAAAAAAAAAACGUCUCUCACCAUAAACUGUCUCAUCUCUGGUGGGACCCCACUUUUUAGUUGU